AAAGAAACAGAAUUUGGACAUUUAGCAAAUCUUCUAGAAACAAAUUCAAUCAAUUUUUUUAAACAAUUUUUUACUAUUGUAAUAAAUUAAUUAUGUUUUUUAAAAUUUUUAAAUCUAUAUCACAUGGGAAAUUAUUUUUUCUCUAUACACUCCUGUUUAUCAGGAACAAAAGCGCCAAAUGUAUCAAGUGUCAGUUUGAAGAACUAAUCUGCUGUUUCCAUCGAACGAUUUAUUGUGAUUAUUAUUGAAAAAUUAAAUAAAAAAUUCUGUAAUUAAAAUUAAAUCUCUUUCAAUGACGUAGAAAGUGAAUAUAAAGUGAAAAUAAAGUUUAUUAAAAGAAAUAUUGCUUUUCAUCGUAAACAAUUUUUCUUUAACAAAGGUAAAAUAUUGAUAAUAGACGUUUGUUUUUAUUAUAACCUAAACUGUCAAUAAGUGAUUAUUGUCGUCUUUUAGAUAUAUUAAAAAAAUAGAAUUUUUUUUUUCUUCCAACGCAAGAAUACGAUUACACACAAGAAAAAAAAAACAAAUUAUUCGUGUGCUUUGAAAUAUAAUCGAUCCAGUUUAUUGUUCAGUAGAAAGAAACGUGUCUUAUACAAAAUAAUUAAAUAUUAGCAGAAAAAAUUUAUAUUAAAAGCACAGUGAAUUGCAGAUAUGUUGCAAUGGACAUACGAAGGUGUAAACAGUUCAAUACCACGAAAUCAAGGGCCAGAAUGCGCCAAUUAUUUGAGUACGAAGAGAAAAAUAAUUGAAACAUUUUUUGUAUCGUUAUUUAUAAUAUUUUGCCUAUCAUGGGGUUUGAAACGUAUGAAAUUACCUAAACGAAUACCUUAUGUUAAUCAAGAUAGAACUGGUAAACAUAUUUUAUUAUUUGUCAUGUCCCUUGUAUUGGGAAUGGAAAUAGGAUUUAAAUUGACUAGUCGAACAUUUAUUUAUUUUAUGAAUCCAUGUCAUAUGCACACAUUGGUUCAGAUAUAUUUAUUAGCAGCGCCACCAAGUCCAAUUGUAACGGCUGUAUUUAGGGUACAAAUUUAUUAUCUAAAUGGGCCUUUAUUAGCAUUCUUAUUCCCAGAGACUGAAUCUCGAUAUAUAUUUGCUGAUAAAGCGUGUUAUUACAUACAACAUGGAUUAAUGAUUGUGAUUCCUUAUUAUUUAUUAAGGCUAGGAGGAGUUUAUAAUGUUGAACCUCUCACUGAUAUGAGUUGGCCAAUAUUCAGUUAUGGUCUCAAUCUUGUUUAUCAUUUUUGGAUUCUUCAACCGGCUGCUUUGCCAGUGCAAGUAAAUUUAAAUCAUAUGCUGUGUCCAGCAGUUUUAGAUCCAUUUGAAGGUCAAUAUUAUCGUCUUUGGGCAACAACACAUCAAGCUCUAUUGUGUCCAAUUUUAGGCAAAAUAUUUUGCCUAUUUGCAAACUUUCUUUUAACUAAAUUCCCAGUGACAAAAGUGAAACCAACACUCGAUUAUCCAAUGACGCGAAAAGAGGAGGAUUUUACAAAAAGUGAAUCUCAAUUAACGAGUGAUAGCGACAUUAAUGGACGCACUCAUAGUGAUUAAAUUUUCAAAUUCACAAAAAGGAAUUUAUAAUAUAAUUGCAUAUAACUCUUAUAUAUAUAUAUAUAUAUAUAUAUAUAUAUAUAUAUAUAUAUAUAUCAAUUUUCAAUCUUCUGUGAUUUUUAAGUCUAUAAAUCACAACACAAAACCAUGAUGAUUAGAAUUCGCUAGUUCAUUGCUAUUAUAUAAAAAAAGUAUUUUUUUAAAUGUAUCUUCGUGGAAAAAAAGUGAAUCUCUUUAACAGUAAUUCCAAAAAAAAAACAUCUACAUUUCUUGCUUUUUUGUUCAAUAUUUUAGCUAGUCAAUAUUGUUGUAAAUAAUUGAAAAUUAAAUGGUAAAUUGAUGUAAAAAAAAGCCAGUAUACACAAAGAACCUUUUUUAAAAUGAGAAUAUAAAAAAUUAAUCUUAUAGAUCUAAGAUUAAAUUAGAUGCAAUUAAUAUUAAAAACAAAAAAAAAUAUAUAUAUAUAUCAUCUUUCCGAGAAAUUGAGUUUCUGGAAACAGAAAAAAUGUACCUUGAAAAACAUUAUUUUUUCAAACUCCUAGUUAUAUAUACGUAUAUAAAAAAAAGGAUUAUUUUCUCGUCCGAAAGUUUAUAUAUUAGAAUCAAGUAAUUUCAGGGAACAACGAUAAGUUAUUAAUAAAAUAAUUAUUCUAAUUUGCAUGUUUAAAACAAACAAAAAAAAAUUAUUUUAAAUUGCAAAUUUCUUUUUUAAUUUACUCCACAUUUAUGUAUUGAUUUUAUCUUGCCAGUUUCUAAACUUAAUAUAGUAAUAUAAAGAAAUCUUCCAUACAAAGAAAAAAUGAAAAAAAAAACCAAGUGUCAAGAAUAAUCAAUAUUUCAUACUCACUCGCUGUCUCUAUUUCUCUCUUUAUCUCUAUAUGUAUAUGUAUACGUAUUAUAUUUAUAUAUAUAAUUAAUAUACAUAUAAUGUUACCGAUUAUUUAUCUUUUUUUUUUUUUUUGUAAUAGUAGCUAUUUUUUUCGCUUUGAGAGCAAAGAAAAAGCCAAGUCAUGUGAUAUUGUUUCGAAUUUAAUUGAAAUUAUCAUGAAUUCUCAGAUUUUAAUUGUUUAACAAAAAAUGUAUUUUAGUUUUAAGAUAUAUGUAUAUUUAUGUAUAAAUUACACAUGUGAAAUUUAUUUUAAAUGUUUCAAAUUGUUAUUAAACGCAAUCAUUAAAUCAUAUAUUAUAUAUACUAGAAAUUGAGAACGAAUAAAUGAAUAAUAUUUAAAA